UAGUAGGCGGCGGCGUUUUUUUCCCCGCUUUCUCCUCCCCCGCCGCCGCCGUCGUCCGGUACACGCAGCGCUAGCGCGACCACCAGUCACGCCGCGCGCCUUGCCUCGCCCGUGGUGCGUACCACACGGCACACACACCACACACGGACGCGCCGCGCGCCAGUUGCGUCCGCACAAACGACCGCCGUACCCGUGCGUCGUGUCGUCUCCGCCGCGUACACAAACGUAUAACAAACGCUAUCGCGGUUUCGCUAUUAUUAUUAUUAUUAUUAUUAUGGUUGUUGCUGUAGUCGCGUGUGAGUGAGCGUCGUAGCGUCGGGCCCGAGCGCGCGCGCCGCGAGUGAGUGCAAGAGAGACCGACCGAGUGCGAGUGACGUCGGUGCGAGCGCAGCGACACUGCUGCGAGUGCGCGCGCGCCGUUUAGAACGCGGUCGUACGAAAAUGGCGUCAUCGUCGCGCGACAGCGAGCCCGGGAAAACGAUGUCGACGCACCACCACAAAUAUUCGUCGAGAAUCAGAACACGCAAAGAAAAGAAAACAUAUUCAGAAGACUGGGCAUAUGGCGACGAAGAAGAAAUUGAAGGUGUACGAUCCUUUAGUUUACAAGAAAAGCUUGACUCCACACGUUAUUUGAAUCACAACUUUAGUAAACAGAUGGAUGGAAAAGAUUUUACAAUUUCAUACCUUCAGAAACAUGGUUUCGUAAUACCACUAUUAUUUAAGGAUAAAACAGGUCUUGGAUUACAUGUCCCAAGCCCUAAUUUUUCUGUGAAUGAUGUUCGCACAUGUGUUGGUUCAAGAAGAAUGUUAGAUGUAAUGGAUGUUAACACACAAAAGAAUUUUGAAAUGACUAUGAAAGAAUGGACCAAGUAUUAUGAAGAUCCGGUGAAAGAUAAACUUUUAAAUGUCAUUUCACUUGAAUUCAGUCACACCAAACUAGAAAACUACAUUAAGCGUCCAAAUAUUGUACGAGAAUUGGAUUGGGUCGAUUGUGUUUGGCCUAAGCAUUUGAAAGAGAGUCAAACAGAAUCAACAAAUGUCAUAGAUGAUAUGAUGUAUCCAAAAGUUCAAAAAUAUUGUUUGAUGUCAGUUAAAGGCUGUUACACUGAUUUUCAUAUUGAUUUUGGUGGCACAUCUGUUUGGUAUCAUAUACUUAAAGGAAGCAAGGUAUUUUGGUUAAUACCACCAACUGAACAAAACAUAAAAUUGUAUGAACAAUGGAUACUGUCUGGUAAACAAGGUGAUAUAUUUUUUGGAGAUACCGUUGAACAAUGUGGCCGUGUGUCAUUGAAUGCUGGAGACACAUUCUUUAUACCUACUGGUUGGAUUCAUGCCGUUUAUACUCCAAAAGACUCAUUAGUAUUUGGAGGCAACUUUUUGCACUCUUUUGGUAUUGAGAAACAGCUUCGUGUCGCAGAAGUAGAAGAAUCCACCAAGGUACCUCAAAAGUUUAGAUAUCCAUUUUUUACUGAAAUGCUGUGGUAUGUUCUGGAGCGUUAUGUCUAUUGUGAUUUGGGUAAAUCUCAUCUUUCAGAAGGCGUUGAGACUUCACCUUCGACAGAUGAGCAUAUACAUUUCACUAAACAGGAGCUCCAUGGAAUAAAAGCAAUUGUAAAAUAUCUGCAUAUAUUGCCACCGAAUAAAAAAAAUGUUCCUCCUCUGAUCAAAGAUGCUAUUGAGUUGAUCAGAAAUGUGGCCAUUGUGAUAAAUAAGCAUAAGAAUGAUAUACCUGAAUAUGCUAUAAGUGGAAAGCCAAUUCUUAAAAUUCAAGGCGAUAAGGAAAGAGAAAGGAGGUUUUAUAAGACAGCUGGUGAUAUGAACGCCAAAGUAAAAACUUCACGAAAAACAGCUUCUGGCGCAGGAGGGCCUAGAAGAAGACGUACAAGAUGUAAAAAAUGUGAAGCUUGUAAACAAGCAGACUGUGGAGAAUGUUCAUUCUGCAGAGAUAUGGUUAAGUUUGGUGGACCUGGUCGCGCUAAACAGACUUGUGUGAUGCGUCAAUGCUUGCAGCCAAUGUUACCAAUAACCGCAGCUUGUGGGAUUUGUUCAUUGGACGGCUGGGGUCAACAAAUUAUUAUUCCUAUACAGAAAGCAGCUAAAGAUACUCCUAGCCAACUUAUGGAGUGUAGUGUAUGCUUUGAAAUUGUACAUCCUGACUGCUUAUUGAAACAACCUAUUUAUACUAACAAUGGUACUUACAAUGAAGAUCUACCUAAUAGCUGGGAAUGUCCCAAAUGUUGUAAGGAAGGGAAAGAAAGCAAGCCUCGCCAUUUUCGUGCUAGACAAAAAUCAUCAGAUAUCCGUAGAACUUCUGUCAGUAGCAAUGACACUAAUCCACAAAAACGUUGUAAAGACGAAGAAGAAUACAGUGAUACAAAUUCUGAAAGUGAUGGAGACAACAUUUCUAAUAAAAGACUGAAAAUUGAGAAAAAGGAAAACUUAUUAACGGAACGAUCACCACCCUUGCCUUCAACGAGAUGGAUGGAAGAGCAUUCUAUGAAAAUGUUAAAUCGUUCUGUCAAAGUCGAGGAGGCCCAUAUGUCAACGUACAACAACACCACCACCACCACCACCACCACCACCACUACCACCACAACCACCAACAUAACCACCACCUCCACGCCCGCCGCCACCGUCGUCGUCACCCCGACAAUCGCGGAGCUGCCGCCAGCUCCACCGCCACAGGCAUCGCGCAAGAUCGAUUUACGCAAGCAGCUGGCCAGCCAACUGUCCGGCAGUUCGGGCAAACACUGCAACGUGCUCAAGAAACAGUCUUACGUGUCGAAACCGACCAAAGGUGGCGGGCAUAAGUCUCAGUCUGGUGGACAAAAGUCUCAGGUCGGCGGACAGUCUCAAGGCGGCGGGAACGUAAACGGCUACCAGCAGCAUAACAAUAACCAUCACAACAACAACAGUAAUCACUGCGGGGACGCGGCGUGCAUGCUUCCGGUGUUCGAGUACCUGACGCCCGCCGAGCUGGCCAAGUGCGCGCUGGUAUGCCGCGCUUGGUCUGCAAUGUCCAUGGACCCGUCGCUGUGGCGCAAGCUGGACGUGACCGGCAAGCGGCUGACCGCGUCGUGCUUGGCUGGCGUUGUGAAGCGGCAACCCGAGGUCCUUCUGAUGGACUGGACGGCAAUCGCCAAGCGACAGCUGGAAUGGAUGAUCGCCAAGCUGACACGACUCAAGGUUCUGUCGCUGCAAGGCUGCUCGUGGAGCGGCGUGACUGCGCUGCGCAGCAGCAGCGUAGUGCCGCCGUCGCUGGCCGCACUCGACCUGAGCUACGUUACCGGCAUGACGGACGCGUCGCUCCGGGAUGUACUGUCGCCGCCGUCCGACUCGCGAUCGUCGUCCAACGACAACACAAACCGGGCGCGGUUCCGGAACCUGCGCACUCUGAAGCUGGCCGGCGUGGACAUCGGCGACGUGUCGCUCAGGUACGUGGUGCAGUACGCGCCCAGCCUGGUCGAGCUGGACCUGUCGCAGAACUACCGGAUCACGGAUGCCGGGAUCGCACAGCUCACCACGCCCGUCGGCAAUGCCGUGUCCACGCUCGAGGUGCUCGACCUGUCCGGUUGCGUGGCCGUUACUGACGCUUCGCUCGACCACCUGCUCAAGUGCACGGCUCUGCGCCGGUUGGACUUGAAGCAGACGCCCAAGAUCACCAUGGUGGCCAUCAACAAGUUCCUCGUGGCCAACGAGCGGUUCUCGGCCAGCGAGACCCGACUGCUGAUCAAGUCACCCAUGCCGCCGCCGUCGCCGGUCACGUCGACCGGAAGACGCGAUUCGACGGGCAGCAGUAGUUAAGAGGCGUCGCACGCAGGAGUGGUAGUGCGUGCGUCGACGAUUUAGUCGUUGUAGUUUUUUAAGUGCGACCGUAACCAUCGCCGAGACGAUGAUGACUACGACGACGGACGGACACUCCGGCGCGUUUCGACAUUAGUAGUAGUAAUAAUGUAUAAUUGUAUAUUUUUAUAGCAAGUUUUUUCUAAUAUUAUAUUGUGUCGUCAGUUUUUUUCUUUCCAAAUUCCAAUACGCGAAAAGGGGGAUUUCAUUUUGUUUUUCGUAUAGUAUAUAUAUAUUAAUAUAUUUAUGGUUUAUUAUUAUGUGUUUCCGGUUUAGUGCCUGAUAGUAUUAUUCGGGUCGUACACGACUCGGUCGUCCCAAUGUGUGUUUGGUCUGCCAAACUCUGGUUGACCGGGCACGGUUUGUAAGAAUUUUUUUUUUUACUUUUUGCGUACGUAAUAAUAUUAUUAUGUAAAUACGACGUUUAUCGACGAAAGACAAUCUCUUCACGGGUUCAUGCUCAUUUAAUUUACAAUAUUAUUCUAUUUCCGACUAAUUUAAACCUUUAAGGAAUUUGUAUUUUUUUCUACGUUCAUCAAAACGUCAUCACAAUUUUACUUAAUUUUUAUUAUUUAUAAACCACACAAUUUGAAAAAAAAAAAAGACUGAAGUUUUGUUUGUAUUACCGUUAGUUUUAUAAGUAUUACAUUAUAUUAUGCAAUCAAACGCGUGUUGCGACUGUGUUAAUGGACACUAGUGAAAGGACGGAUGGCCUGCAAGUUAGUUAAAAAACUAAUCGAAAUUUAUCAAUACUCAACACUCUUUUGAUAACCGUUUAAUGGAGUGAUGUUUGGUGUUUUUUUUUUUUUGUAUUUAAAUUAUAAAAAUGACUGUGUUUAUUAUUAUUUUUUUUUUGUAUUAUUGUAUUAUGAAUAAACUAUCCAUGUGUAUGCAA